AUGGCAGGAAACUUUUUGUCAGGAAUUUCCAUAAUGAACUACAUUUUUGUAGUUUACCUAAAGAUGCGAGAGCUAAGGCAACUGGCCAAGACACCUUCCAAGACAUAUCUUGGACUUGCAACCCCUGAUCAGAUAAAGAAAACAAAGGAGUACAACAGAGAUAAGCUGAUAAUGUCCAUUUGUGAGCUUACCAUUUUUCUUGCCAGAGACCUCUAUUUGAUCAAGCAGAAGGUACUUGAGAGAGUGUACAGCGCCAAAUGCUUUGCGAAUAGCUGGUAUGGAGAUGCAUUGUUUUUAAUGGGAUAUGCUCACCUUCAAAGGCUCUUUGAUCUCCCACUUGAUAUUAUUUCGACAUUCUACGUCGAGGCCAAGCACGGAUUCAACAAAACAACACUUUCAACAUUUAUGAUGGAUUUUCUGAAGAUGUCAAUUGUAAUUACAGUUAUAUUGUUCCCAUUCCUGCAUAUUACCACAGGUAUAAUUAAGAGAUACCACAAAACCUCCUUCUACCUCUACCUGUGGGCUUUCAUGGCCAUCUUCCAGAUAGUUCUUGUUGUUGUGUAUCCUAUUUUUAUCCAACCUCUGUUCAACAAGUUUGAGGAGAUGAAGGAAUCUGAUCUCAGGACGAGGAUUGAGGAGCUGGCAAACAAGGUUGGGUUUUGUGCCAAGAAAAUACUUGUGAUGGAUGCAUCAAAGAGGUCAGGGCACUCCAAUGCCUACUUUAUAGGAAUUACCAAAGAGAAGAGAAUUGUGAUAUACGACACCUUAUUGAAGCAGGUUAAUGAGGAAGAGGUGCUUGCCAUUUUGUGCCAUGAGUUUGGCCAUUGGAAGUACAACCAUGUGGCAAAAAUGGUGUCUGUAGUUCUUCUUAUACAGCUGUUAUAUCUGUAUAUAUUGAACAUUUCGCUGAACUCUAAAUCCCUUGGAAGUCUCGUCCUUGGAGAAGAACUACCAUUACUAAUAAGAUGUGUCUACUUUCUUAUGAUAAUUGGGGCUUUAAGUGUCCCUAUUGACACGAUAAGGAACUUCAUAUCGAGGUACUUUGAGAGGCAGGCAGACAGGUUUGCAGUGUCACUUGGAUAUGGAAAGGAGCUCUCCUCUGGGCUCGUCAAGCUCUUCGAAAAGAAUAGUGGAAACAUGGAGCCGGACCCGCUUUAUUCUGCAGUUGUGCACACUCAUCCCACUCUGAUUGAAAGGAUGAACUUGAUUGAAAGAGAAAUGAAUAAAACCAAGUAA